UAAUGGCAGUUCACAGACAGCGUGAACAACACAACAAACAAACCUGAAAUAAACUAAAUAUAAGUCACCAGCUCUUCAGCACAUCGUAUUUUAGGUCAGAAUGAGUGUGGGCUUCAUCGGAGCGGGUCAGCUGGCGCAUGCGCUGGUCAAGGGCUUCACAGCCGCAGGUGUGAUCGCCACACACAGGAUAACUGCGAGUUCUCCAGACACUGACCUGCCGACAGUCAUCGGGCUGAGAAAAAUGGGAGCAUACUUCACCACCAGUAAUAAAGAGACUGUGAGCAAGAGUGACGUCCUCUUCCUGGCGGUCAAACCUCAUAUCAUUCCCUUUGUCCUGGACGAGAUCGGGCCAGACAUUAAAGACCGCCACCUCAUCAUCUCCUGUGCUGCAGGAGUGACCAUCAGCUCCAUUGAGAAGAAACUGCUGCAGUACCGUUCAGCACCUAAAGUCAUUCGCUGUAUGACAAACACCCCGGUGGUGGUCCGCGAGGGGGCAACCGUUUACGCCACUGGCACCCAUGCAGAGGUGGAGGAUGGGAAGCUUCUGGAGCAGCUAAUGGCCAGUGUGGGCUACUGCACCGAGGUGGAAGAGGACCUGAUUGAUGCCGUCACUGGCCUCAGUGGCAGUGGACCAGCCUAUGCAUUCACAGCGGUUGAUGCUCUUGCUGAUGGAGGGGUGAAGAUGGGAUUGCCCAGACGACUGGCAGUACGACUGGGAGCUCAGGCCCUGCUCGGGGCGGCAAAAAUGCUCCUUGAGUCCGAGCAACACCCUGGACAGUUAAAGGACAACGUGGCUUCACCUGGAGGUGCUACAAUCCACGCUUUGCAUGUGAUGGAAAGUGGCGGUUUCCGCAGCCUUCUGAUCAAUGCUGUCGAGGCAUCGUGCAUUAGAACCAGGGAGCUUCAGUAUUUGGCAGAUCAAGAGAAGAUUUCUCCCGCUGCUAUCAAGAAGACGACUCUGGACAAAGUUCUCCAGCAGCCGGGGGUGACAGCAGCAGGGGUCGGGGUCCGGACUGGAAUCAACCUCUUUAACAGUACAAACCCCAAACACAAGAAAAACUGAACCCUAUCAGUAGCACAACCAGCUUACACAUAGACAAAAGCACUCCAAAGAUUUGCAGAUCAGAUGAUAGAACCAAAAAUACUUGAAAUAGUUUUCAUGAACUGGUUAGUGGGAUUUAUAUAUUUGAUUCUGUGCUUAGAUACGUUUUUAUACUGCGCUUAUGGCUUAUGCUGGUUUGGACCGACUUUAAGCAAUAGCUUCUGUUGAUAUACACUGUAACUGUAGGUAGAUUUAAUAAAUCAUGUCUAAUCUAGAAA